AUGCCCAAUUUCUUCUCAAGGUUGAAGGGUAAAGAUGGCCCAACGAAAGCUUCCAAGAAGAAGGGAGAGGACGAUGUGAAUGAUCAAGUCCCAGCGAAGCCAACAUGGACAGAUGCCUGGACACGAACCACCGUCGAACCAGAAGAGAUUCAAAAUCUGGUGAGGGGAUGUACCGUGGAAUUAAAAUCAAGAGCUUUGGAUAUGCCAUUCCUUCUACUUCCAUUCCGACCUACGUCAGAUCCAAGUGCCGCACGAACAUUUAUUCGGAAUUUCUUCGAUAAGAGACAAUUGAGUCGGGAAAUGUUGGCACAAGAGUUGAGACUUACGGAACCUAUGGUUCUAUGUAGUGUGCUGAAAUGGUGUUGGGGUCGAUUGGCCGGUGGUGUAGUUUCGUGGGAUGCUUAUGAAUUAUUUAAAGUUGGGGAAAAUGACUCGAGAUAUGCCCGCGACGCUUUUGUAACUUUUAUACCGCUAAGUGUAGAUUCGGAUGCGAGAAAAGAUAUCAUUUUUGAUUUCUUCGAUCUCUUGUCAGCCAUUGCUGCACAUGGGAAAACGAAUGGUUUAGCUGGGCGCAAAUUGUCGAGAUAUGCGGGAUGGUGGGCGUUCGAACAUAAUGAUACCGGCAAUGGAUUUGAAGGUGGAUAUAAAGGAUGGUCAACUGCGGCUGAUGCUGCAAGUCAUCUAUUCUUCGCCUAUCUACGAUCCCUCUCUCCUGAUUCCGUCUUGGGCACAAACGGCAUAUCCAAAUUACCUAUGUCCCUACAGAAGUUGGUCCAGGAAACUGAAUAUCCACCGGAAAGACCUUCGUUACUACAACAAUCGACGACAAAGGUGGUGAUGAUAGUAAAUUCCGUUUCACCUACGCCAUUUGCAUUACUACGAAGAGCAAAUCACUUCCAAUAUCGAGACGAUGACCGCGCUCUACAACAAUUCUCCGAAUUUGAGGAUCCCGUCAGAGCUUUGACUGAUGAAUGUCGUCGUGUUUUGAGAUCAAUUUCUACUACGAAUCAAUCCCAGGUAUCUAAUUCUACAGAAUCCACGGGUUUACGAGAUGCCUCUUGGUCACGAUUUGAGGAUAUUGGAUUUUCUGCAUCUUUUGAUGAUGAUAUGGCGGAUGAUGAAAGUACCUUUUUAGGACCCAAAAGGCCAAAACCAAUACAAGGGCUGAGAACCACUCCGGCAAAUGGUGGAUCCAAGGCCGGUGACAGACCAACUACUCCUUCCUGGGCGGAUUUCCUUUCGUCAGGCUUUGUUGAUGAUGGACCAAGUAGUCCUCCGCCUUUACUAUUACCACCGGAUAAGAUUCUACCACCUAUCAAUACCAGAGCAGGAAGUUCGCAAUCACAUCAACCCAGACUCGAGUCAAACAUGGAUUUACAACCUGGUGAGCUUGCAAGCAUUACUCGAUUUGACUUGGACGAUUCAUUCUGGUGGGUCUGGAUUAGUAGUUUGGCUGGCGAAGAGACGGUGGACCGAAAGGCUUCAUUUGGACGAUGCGCUUUGAUCGAGACAACAAUCAAAGGUGGCCGCUGGUUAGUAAUGGAGGAAAUGGUCAAAGGCGCAGCACCAGAGCCUGAGGCGGGUGCUUAUAUUGCGGAGAAAAAGAGCUUCUGGGGACGUACCAAGAAGAAUAAGAACAGCGGAAAGCGACGAGGAUCUACCGGCAAAACCGAAAUGGAGAAGCCCGGUAACUUGAAACCAGGAUACAAUCAAAGUACUAGCGCAAGUAAGACUACAAUUGGCCUUGAUCAACAUGCUCGAAUUCAAGCAGCAGCAAUUCAAUUACAACAGAGACAAAAAAAGCAAGAGGAAGAGAAAGGACUAGCAGCGCGACGUGGAAGAAACGAUUUUGAGGCAGCUUCUCUGAAAACUAACAGUGUCUUAACACUUCAGCCCAUGCUCAAAUCGGAAGCUUCCCCAGCGAUGAAGUGGGCCAAUAAAUACGAUAAAGAUGCUGUUCGAGAAGCAUACUUAGGCAGUAACUUUAUGGGACGAGGUCUUGGAGAAGGUACUAUGCAGUCAAAUGGAAAUUCAUAUGAUCGUCAAGCGGCUCUGUCACCAGGUCUUAAUAGUAACAGAGAUCUACCCCUCACUCCAACUACUCCAACUGGACGUCAUUCGCCUUUACCACCUCUACCAACUGGCGAAGAUCAAGCUAAAGAGGCGCGGGGUCCAAUUUCACCAAGUAACAUUCAUCCACUUGAGAGGAAGCCUGUCCCAGUAUCUCCUUUGAAUCAAAACAAGCCCAGUAUGGAUAUUCCCAGAGCUUCUGUGGAUCAUGCACCUUCGAGUCCGGAAACUCUGGAUACGCCUAAUAAAUUGAAGAAGAAUAAUCCAGCUGCUCCUGGUGGAUUCCGAGGUAUGUUUGGUAGAAAGAAGCAAGUGAAGCCUGCUCCACCAAAUGCUUCUCAAAUGGCAAUGAAUGGCAAAGAUGGACUCAAACCAGAAGGAAAGAAGCACAGUCUGACGAGACGAUUUUCGAGAAAGAAGAAUUCACUCAAGUCACCUACUAGUGAGAAGGGAGAUGGAUCGGCCUCACCAGCUCCUCCAGUUGCAUCUGACGAACAGGCUCCUAUCACUCCUAUCACCCCAAUGACACCAGCAACUCCUCGCCGUCCUUCAUACGAACAUUCUAUUGCAGAUGAUCUUUCUAGAGUUGAUACUGUUGACGCCAGGGAAGCUCGUCAAGAGUUCUCUAAAUUCGAUCAAGGUCCUCUUGAAGAUUUCCCAGCGUUUGUUCCAGCAGCCGAAUCUGAUACGCCAAGAGGAAGUGAAGAUUCCGGAUCACCAUCAAACAAUGCUCAAAGUCAAUAUGAGGAAACCAACGAGGAACCUCAAGAAGAACCACUUACACAACAAAUUUCUCCUCAAGAUAAAUGGGCACAAAUCCGCAAGAACGUUGCCGAACAGAAAGCUAGAAAUAGAGAACUCGAAGAACAAGCUAGAAUUGGACAUCGUCCAUCUACUGAUAACGAUGAUGAGACUUCAGGCGAAGAGACAAUUGAAUCUCGUGUUGCACGUAUUAAGGCUCGUGUAGCUGAACUCACGGGUAAUAUGGAAAACAAUAACUCGUCUGCUCCUCCACCUAUUCGAAGAAAAGCUCUAUAG